AUGCACACCGUCUUUCGAAUUGGUGAAGUUCGAAAAAUUGAUAAGAAAAGUCCACUUUAUGAAGUGGACCUCAAACUUACGUCGGAUGAUGACCAACAGCUUCGUGAAUUAACCAAUCGUAUACGAGAAGAAUCUUCAGGUGGCACUGGAUGGUAUCGAAUGGGUAAAUUGCUACUCAAAAUUGGUCAAUUUGACAAGGCCGAAGAAUUGUACAUGGCACUACUAGAACAGGCUUCUAACGACAGUGAUAAAGCACAUAUCUAUCACCAGCUUGGAUGGUUGAAAAACGACCAAGGACAAUACAAAGAAGCAGUUUCAUCUUAUGAAAUGUCUCUCAAAAUUAAACGAAAAACUCUUCCAGAAGAUCAUCCUUCAUUGGCUCCUAUGUACAACAACAUUGCUCUAGUGUAUAACGACAUGGGUGACUACUCGAAAGCACUUGAAUUUUACGAAAAAGAUCUCGAAAUCAAGAAAAAAGCUCUGCCUCCGAAUCAUCCCGAUUUGGCUACUUCCUAUACUGGCAUCGGUCAAGUGUAUAACAACAUGGGUGACUACUCGAAAGCACUUGAAUUUUACGAAAAAGAUCUCGAAAUCAAGAAAAAAGCUCUGCCUCCGAAUCAUCCCCAUUUGGCUACUUCCUAUACUUGCAUCGGUCAAGUGUAUAACAACAUGGGUGACUACUCGAAAGCACUUGAAUUUCACGAAAAAGAUCUCGAAAUCAAGAAAAAAGCUCUCCCUCCGAAUCAUCCAGAUUUGGCUACUUCCUAUACUUGCAUCGGUCAAGUGUAUAACAACAUGGGUGACUACUCGAAAGCACUUGAAUUUUACGAAAAAGAUCUCGAAAUCACGAAAAAAGCUCUGCCUCCGAAUCAUCCCGAUUUGGCUACUUCCUACAACAACAUCGGUGGAGUAUAUAACAACAUGGGUGACUACUCGAAAGCACUUGAAUAUUUCAAAAAAACGCAUCAAAUCUACGAAAAUGCUCUGCCUCCAAAUCAUCCUCAUCUGGCUUUUCCAUACAACUGGUUCGGUAAGAUUUAUCGCAGCAUGAAAGAUUAUCCAAAAGCACUUGAGAAUUUCGAAAAAUGUCUCGCAAUAUUUCAAAAAACGUUGCCUGAAAGACAUCCCAAUCAAGCUAUUACAUAUAGUAAUAUUGGUGAUGUUCAUCGAUUAAUGGGUAAUUAUGAAAAGGCAUUUGCAUUUCAUCAAAAAGCAUUAAAUAUUCAAGAGAAUGUUCAAUGUAAUCCUCUGGACUGUGCAUUGACAUAUAUAAAUUUAGGUGAAACUUAUCGUGAAAAGAGUGAUUAUUCAACAGCAUUGACAUAUUUCGAAAAAGGAUUAGAAAUACGUGAAAAUAAAUUACCAACAAAUCAUCCUGAUUUAGCUGUUGUAUAUCAUAAUAUGGCAAAAUUAUACUUGGCCACACGAAAAUAUAGUAUGGCAAUGAAAAAUAUUCAACAAGCAGUUGAAAUAGCUCAAGAAAAAUUACCUUCAACUCAUCCUCAUCUUUUGGAAUACAAAGAAACAUUUGAAAAAAUUCGAAAGAAAAUGUAA